AUAAGUCGAGUGCAUUUCAAGAUCAGUAAAUUAUAUUAUAUUUGUAGCCUGUGAAUUAAGAACCAUGAAGACUACAACGUUAUUGGUGCUAGUGGCCGUAGCAUUUAUGACUGUUCAAGCAGACCAGCAAGGAUUCGAACCAAGAGUGGGAAUGAUAAUGUUUUUAUCAAAGGCUUUUCGUAUCAGUUUGCUAGACACUGAGAAGUGUGUGAAUAAGACGGGCGCAUCAAUAGACGAUUUGGCGCAAUUGGAACAAGAUGUAAACGAAGCCACUUAUGACUGUACUAAGGCGAGUACAAGAAGAAUGACUUGUGCUAUGGUUUGCUGUGCUCAUAUUCAAGGAUCGAUGGUCAAUGGUACGAUCAACAUGCCGUUCGUUAAUAAUCUAAUAACUGAAUCGGGAAUGCCGGAAUCUGCGCUGGCUGUACUCGUUCCAAUUUUCCAUUGGUGCCACGACAGAGUGAAACUUCUUACCGACGCGUGUGAUGUAGGUUGCAUCUUCCUCGAGUGUAUGGUAGCUAACACAAAAUAUAUAGGAAUGUAAAUAGAGUCUAUCAAGAUAAUUUUAUUAAAUGCAAUGAGAAGAACAAAUUUUUGAAAAGAUGACACUG